GAACACAACCCUUCGUUCAGAGUCUAUCUUUUCUCCUCCUUUCUUCCCUUGCUCGAUCGAGCCACACAGCGACAAUCGGAGAGACAGACUGAGAGAGAGAGGAUGGCGACAACGGUGCGGCAGCAGCAGCCGAGUCGGGCGAUGGACGCGUACGAGAAGCUGGAGAAGGUUGGGGAAGGGACGUACGGGAAGGUGUACAAGGCCAGGGAGAAGGCCACCGGCAAGAUCGUCGCCCUCAAGAAGACCCGCCUGCCCGAGGACGACGAGGGCGUCCCCCCCACCACCCUCCGCGAGGUCUCCCUCCUCCGCAUGCUCUCCGUCGACCCCCACGUCGUCAGAUUGUUGGAUCUCAAACAAGAUAAGAACAAAGACGGGCAAACCAUUCUGUAUCUCGUCUUUGAGUACAUGGACACCGAUCUCAAGAAAUACAUCAGAAGCUUCCGUCAGAACCAUGAACAGAUUCCGCCCGAAACUGUGAAGAUUCUGAUGUAUCAACUAUGUAAAGGAAUUGCGUUCUGUCAUGGGCGUGGGGUGCUGCACAGAGAUCUGAAACCUCACAAUCUCUUGAUGGAUCGAAAGACUAUGAUGUUAAAAAUCGCAGACCUUGGACUUAGCAGAGCAUUCACUAUUCCUCUCAAGAAAUAUACUCAUGAGAUCCUGACUCUUUGGUAUCGAGCUCCAGAGGUUCUCCUUGGGGCCACACACUAUUCAACACCGAUCGAUAUGUGGUCAAUCGGCUGUAUUUUUGCUGAACUAAUUACAACCCAAGCAAUUUUUGCUGGCGACUCUGAACUGCAGCAGCUUCUUCAUAUUUUCAGGUUACUGGGUACACCAAAUGAUGUAAUUUGGCCUGGUGUAAGCAAAUUGCCUAAUUGGCACGAGUAUCCUCAGUGGAGCCCCAAGAGUUUGUCAUCUACUGUUCCUAAUCUGGAUGAUAAUGGAUUGGAUCUACUCUCGAAGAUGUUGCAGUAUGAGCCUUCAAAGCGGAUUUCAGCAAAGAAAGCUAUGGAACACCCAUACUUUGAUGAUGUAAACAAGGCAUAUUACUGAGCUUCUUCUGACUGCUUGCUGUGGCUUUGGUUUAAGAACUAACAAGUUAAAUCGUCAUAAUAUGUGGCUAUUAUGGAUUAGCUUUUCUCGAGCAUUCUAUUGUGUUUUGCGGAAUGCUUAUAACUACUACUUGCUUUCACUAAUUUGUUUGUGUAACCUUUCCAUCUAUUGGAUUGGCCUUUCUCGAGCAUUGUAUUGUAUUUGGAGCAAUGCUCUUGCUUUCACUAGUUUGUUUGUAUUGUGGAAAUUUCCGUCUUUUCUCAAGCAUUGUAUUGCAUUUUGAGGAAUGCUUACAACUAUACUAAGCAUGGAAAUUUUAUUUUAUGGUAA